CUUUGUGGCAAAUGUUGUGUUAAACUGUAUUUUGAAUGUGUAUUGAGUUCUGAUUAGUUGUAUCAUUAAAAUUGGUCCAAAAAAUAUGUCAUCUGAAGAGGGAAGAGGUCCACAAAACAUACAAAACAAUGACAUUCCCAAAGAGAGCGACAAAUCGCUGAACUCUAAGCUAUCAAUUUGUGAUGCAGUGUCACGAGUGCUUAAAGGAUAUGAUUGGACAUUAGUGACCACCACCACUAAACCAAACUCAUCCAGCAAACAAAAACUUCAUGUCAAACGUCCUAUGAAUGCAUUCAUGGUGUGGGCUCAGGCGGCCCGACGCAAACUGGCCGAUCAACACCCGCACCUUCACAACGCAGAACUCAGCAAAACUUUAGGCAAACUAUGGAGAGUAUUGGGAGACGAAGAGAAGAAGCCGUUCGUUGAAGAGGCGGAGAGAUUGAGAAUCAUUCAUAAGAGUCAACAUCCAGACUAUAAAUAUCAGCCGCGAAGACGAAAAAGUAAUAAAUGCAGUAAUAGUUGUGACGAGACAUCUAAAGGAAAGACAAAAGCAGUUAAACAAACUUCCGCUUCUCCCGCAUCAAAUAAACCAACAAAGAAAGAAAGCACAAAAAAUGGGUUGAAUGCUGUAAAACGGAAACCAAAUCAGACCUCUGUUAGCAAUGGGAACGGCACUAACGGAGCCCUAACGCUAACCCCUCCUCACACACCCUCUAAUGAAAUAAACCCUUUACAGCGUAAGAGAGAAAGCACUGGAGAGACAAAACUAGUUGCCAAUUCCGGGCACCAACACAAUGGCACGUCAGGUACGGGUGGUCCGCAUGCCAUUGACUUCAGUCACGUUGAUGUGGGAAAUCUGACCACAGAAGUGAUGACAAACAUCGAUGAGACAGAACUGGACCAAUACCUGCCACUCGUGAACGUGUCUUCGGCGGCUCAAUACGCGACUGCAAUGGAGUCGGUGUCCAACAAUUCACCCGUCAAUGCGAUGUACGCCUGGUCUACAAAGUUUCUGUCCCAUCAAAACAGUACAAAAACUAAUGCCAAACAAACCGAUUCCCCAAAUGAUAAUAGUUAUGAAAAUCAUCAAAGUUUGUAUAACAGGAAUGGAGAGCACCAACAGAUGGGCUCAUAUGAACACUGUGUCGGUGUUAACCAACUCUAUCCCUCGUAUACAAGCUAUGCGUUAGCGGCUAAUCAUAGCCCUUAUGGCACCGGCUUUAUGCCAAUCCAGUGGCCGUAUACGUGAACUCUAACGGCUUAUACACUCUCUUUUAAGUUAUCCAACAUUUGCCUCUCUU